AUGGCCGCCGCCGGCAGGGACCGCGGCGGGAGCCCCCGGGAGCGCGGCAUGGCCGGCGAGCAGGCGGAGGACGGGGAGGAGAACAUCCUGUACGACCUGCUGGUGAACGCCGAGUGGCCUCCGGAGACGGAGGUGCAGCCAAGAGGCAGCAGAACACAUGGUGCAUCAUUUAUCAUCACUAGAGCAAUUGCAGGUCCUGCAUUGUUUUUGCUUCAGUACAUCUGGUACAGCCCUGCAAAGUUUUCUCUGCCCGCUGGACUGGUUCGUCUGGUUAGUAAGCAGAUCAACUGGCACCUCAUACUUGCAAGCAAUGGUAAAUUGUUGGCAGUUGUUCAAGACCAAUGUGUAGAAAUCAGGUCUGCAAAAGAUGACUUUGUAUCCAUAGUUGGAAAAUGUCAAGUGCCAAAGGAUCCUAAUCCUCAGUGGAGGAGAGUGGCAUGGAGUCAUGAUUGUACAUUACUUGCUUAUGCUGAAAGCAUUGGAACAGUCAGAGUGUUUGACCUGAUGGGUAGUGAGCUUUUGGUCAUUUCACCGACAGCAAGUUUUCCAGGUGAUCUGAGUUACGCUAUUGCUGGAUUGAUCUUUCUAGAAUACAAAGCAAGUGCCCAGUGGUCAGCUGAACUCCUUGUUGUUAAUUAUCGUGGAGAACUGAGAAGUUACCUUGUAAGUGUUGGAACAAAUCAAAGCUUUCAAGAAAGUCAUAGUUUCAGCUUUAGCAGCCACUACCCCCAUGGGAUAACAACUGUCAUUUAUCAUCCUGGUCACAGACUUCUCCUUGUAGGAGGCUGUGAAACAGAUGAAGAUGGGGUAUCUAAAGCUGCUGGUUGUGGAAUAUCUGCUUGGAGAAUUCUGUCAGGCUCUCCCCAUUACAAGCAGGUCACUAGUUAUGAAGAUGAUGUUAGAACAGCACAGAGAAGGGGAUUAUUAAGGAUUAUGAAUUUAAGAUUUUACAGCAGGCGAGGAACAGAACAGGAUGGAGUUUUCAAGAUGAAUCUUUCUCCUGAUGGAGCUCUUUUGGCAGCUAUUCAUUUCUCAGGAAAACUGACAAUCUGGUCUAUUCCAUCUCUCAGACAACAAGGAGAAUGGGACCAAACUGCUCAGCCUGGCUAUGAUGAGCUUAACCCAGACUGGAGACUCUCUAGUGAAAAAAGAAAGAAAAUAAAAGAUAAAGAAUCCUAUUACCCAUUGAUAGAUGUAAAUUGGUGGGCAGAUAAUUCUGUCAUCCUUGCUCGCUGCUCUGGUGCAUUGACUGUGUCAUCAGUCAAGACUUUAAGAAACUUGCUGGGGAAGACGUGUGAAUGGUUUGAGAGUUCUCCUCAGGUUACCUCGGCUCACGAUGGAGGAUUUCUAAGUCUGGAGUGUGAGAUGAAACUUGUUCCAAAAAGACUGCGCUUGGAGAGCAGGCCUGGUGAUGAAGAUGAGGGAGAUGAUGACUCAGACUCAGAUGAAGAAACUUCUGCUAAGGACAGAUACUUCAGCUACCUAAAGCAAGGCCUGUACUUUGUAACAGAAAUGGAACGAUUUGCUCCUCCACGGAAACGACCACGUACUAUUACAAAGAAUUUCCGCCUUGUCAGCUUAAGAUCCACAACUCCAGAGGAACUGUAUCAGAGAAAAAUUGAUAAUGAAGAAUAUGGAGAAGCUUUGUCUUUAGCUCAAACGUAUGGCCUUGAUUCUGAUCUUGUAUACCAAAGACAGUGGAGGAAGUCAGCUGUUAAUGUUGCUUCAAUUCAAGACUAUUUGAGCAAAAUCAAGAAACGUGCAUGGGUUCUUCAUGAGUGCUUGGAAAGAGUUCCAGAAAAUGCAGAUGCUGCUAAGAAGCUGCUUCAGUAUGGCUUGAAGGGCACAGAUUUGGAGGCUCUUGUGGCCAUAGGAAAAGGAGAAGAUGGUGGCAGAUUUAUUUUACCAGGGGAAGUAGACAUUGAAAUUCCCUAUGAAGACCUUUUGUCACCAGAUGAAGAAAUGGAUGCUAGAAAGGAAAAGGAAGCCAAGAAACGUCAAGAACUGCUAUUAUCAGUAAACUUCUCAAAGCUGACCCUGGAACAGAAGGAGCUCUGCCGUAGCAGGCUGAAACUGUUGACUUAUCUUGAUCGCCUUGAGACCUAUGAGGAAAUCCUUGGAGGGUCUCAUGCAGCUGAGCAUUAUGAUGGAGAAUUCUUUAAGAAGUUCAGAAAUCAGAAUAUUGUCCUUUCAGCAAGAACUUAUGCUCGGGAAAGCAAUGUCAGAGCCUUGGAAAUUUUGUUCACAUUUCAUGGAUCAGCUUUACUUCCACACAGACAGGCGAUUCUCUCCAAUUUCCCAGAGACUACUUCACCAUAUGAGUAUGCUUUGCUGUUACCUGAAGCUUGCUACAAAAAGGGGACAUUGAAAAUUCUUCCUUGGAAUGAGCAGAAACAUCGUGAAGAAGACUGGUGUGAAAAACAAGAAUGCAGGAUGGUUAUUGAACCCACUUCGCAAGAUGAAGGCCAGUUUCUGUACGAAAAACAACCUGAGUUACUGAAGUACAGGACUACUGACCUUUCUGUAGAUCUCGUCACUGACUGGUAUUUGAGCAGAGCACAGGAAAUUGAAGAAUAUGCAAUGCAGGUUGACUGUGCUCUGUCCCUUGUUCGUCUUGGCAUGGAGAGGAACAUUCCUGGUCUGCAGGUGCUUUGUGACAAUCUGAUCACUCUUGAGACAGUGGUUUAUGAGACUGAUGGUGAUCGGACUUUGACUUUGAAGGAACUUCUAGAGAUGAAGGACAUUGAGAAGCUGAGACUGUUGAUGAAGAAUUCCUCGGAUGAAAAAUACGUGAAGAAUGUUUAUCAGUGGAUGAUCCCUUUUCUUCACCGCUGUGAAAAUCAGUCACCUGGUCUAGCAAAUGCCCUUUUUAAAGAAUAUUUAGUAACACUGGCAAAGGAAGACUUGACUCUGCCUCUGAAGAUAUUUCAGAAUUCAAAACCUGAUUGUCAGCCAAAAGUUAUUCCUGAUCAGGACCAGCUUAUGAUCACAGCGUUGGAGUGUAUUUACAGCUGUGAGCGAGAUGACCAACUCUCUCUCUGUUAUGAUAUUUUGGAAUGCCUUCCACAAAGAGGAUAUGGGCCUGCAACAGAUAAAAUUAACACUCUUCAUGAUGAAGUAGAUGAACUGGAACAAAUUCUUAGUGUGGCGGAGCUGCUGGAGAAGCACGGCCUGCAGAAGCCGGUUUCCUUUGUGAAGGACACCAAGGACAGUGCAGAGGAGGCUCGGAAGCUGAUGAUCAGGCUGACCAGGCACACAGGUCGCAAGCAACCAUCUGUUGGUGAGACGCAGUGGAAGGAAUUGCUCCAGGAUAUGCUGGACAUGCAGCAGAAAGUGUAUAGGUGCUUACAUUCAGAUACUUGCUAUGAGAUAUUCACUGAAAGUCUCUUAUGCUCAAGCAGCAUAGACAAUAUCCACCUGGCUGGGCAAAUGAUGCAUUGCAGUGUUUGGUCAGUGGAUCUACCAAGUUCAUCAAAAGGGAAGCCGCACUACCGAGUCAGCUAUGCCCGAAGCAUUGAAUUGGUUUUGGCUGCUGGUAGAGAGUAUUUCAAUUCUUCAGCCAGUUUGACUGAUAGCUGUAUGGAAUUGGCCAGGUGUUGUCUGCAACUUAUUGAAGACAGUCCAAGUGCUGUUCAGGAGGAGUUGGACCUCAUUCGUGCUCUGGGCUACCUGGAAGAGUUUGGUGUGAAAAUAUUACCGCUGCAAGUGCGUUUGUGCUCCGAUCGACUCAGUCUCAUCAAGGACUGUCUGGCUCAGAUGUCAACAAACUAUAAACAGUCUGCUAAGCUCCUGGGACUGGCAAACCUGCUAAGGGUUGCAGGAGACGAUCAGAUGGAGAGAAAAGGUCAAGUUUUAAUCCUUUUAGUGGAACAGGCUCUCCGUUUCCAGGACUACAAAGCAGCUAGUAUGCAUUGCCAGGAGCUCAUGGCCACAGGCUAUUCUAAAAGCUGGGAAGUGUGCAGUCAGCUGGGGCAGUCGGAAGGCUACCAGGACCUGGGGAUGCGCCAGGAGCUCAUGGCCUUUGCUCUGACACACUGUCCCCCCUGUGCCAUAGAGGCACUGCUGGCAGUGAGCAGCUCGUUGCAAACCCAGAUUCUUUAUCAGGCUGUGAAUUACCAGUUUCUUCCUUCUGAGGGAGGUGAGAAUUCAAGUAUCUCUGGGCCUUUGUUGAUCAGUAAGGAUACAGAGGAUGAAACCAGCGUCUCCUCUGGCCAGUCUGCUGAUUUGUUGUACUGGACGACAUCCAAAACCAUGAAGGUGUUGUCCAACACAACUCUGACUACCAAAGCAAUGCUGAAUGCUGUCAGUGAUGGGCAGUGGUGGAAGAAAUCCUUAACUUAUCUGCGACCAUUACACGGCCAAGAAUUUGGAGAUGUAUUAAAAAGUGGGUCUGGAGAAAAUGCUACUGUGGAAAAACAAGGCUGUCAUCCAUUUUAUGAGUCUCUAAUUGAUGAUCCAUAUGUUGCAGAAUCUGAAGUCAGCUAUGGAACAUACCAGAACAAUUCUUUGGAAAGCUUUGCAGAAGUGUUGCUGAGAACAGGGAAACUUGCAGAUACAAAGAGUGAAGGAAAAGACCUACUUCCAACUACAGAAGUUCUGCUACAACUGGCAAGUGAUGCUUUAUCAAAGGAUGCAGCCUUGUCUCUUGCCUAUCUACUUGCACUGCCACAGGUGGUAGAUGCCAACAAAUGCUUUGAAAAGCAAUUACAUUCUGCGUUAUCUCUCCAGCUGGCAAGUUACUACUAUAGCCUGCAGAUCUAUGCUCGUUUGGCACCAUGUUUCAAGGACAAAUGCCACCCUCUCUACAGGGCUGAUCCAAAAGAGUUGAUUCAGAUGGUCACAAAGCAUGUUUCUCAGUAUACCCAGGCAGACUGGCCUGAAGAAAUCACCAAUUUGAUAAAUCAGCUGCAUUACUACAAUGAACGACUGCUGGACUUCACUCAGGCUCAGACUCUGCAGGGACUUGGUAAAGGAGUGGAUGUGCAGAGAUUUACAGCAGAUGCACAGUACAAGAGAGAAACAAUACUAGGAUUGGCAGAAACACUUGAAGAAAACGUCUAUAAAAUUGCUAUUUCUUUGGCUCAGCGAUACAAUGUUCAACUUUGGGAAGUUUACAUGACCCAUCUGGAAUUUUUAUUCACUGACAGUGGGUUAUCGACACUGGAAAUAGAAGAAAGAGCACAAAGUCUAGGUCUGUUUGAGACUUUGAAAACCAGUCCUGAAAUCUUCCAUGAACACAUGGCUAAAUAUGUUUACCCAAGUAUUGAAGGCCAAGAUCACCAGCGAUUGCUUUACUAUUUUACACUCCUGGAAAACUGUGGCUGCUCAGAAGUGGUGAACCAUGCUCUUAAACCUGAAACUCACAUCCGACUCCUGAAAAAAUUCAAAGCAGUGGCACCAGGUCUUAAUUACAAAAAACUAACAGAUGAAAAUGAAAACCCUCUGGAGACAUUGGAGCCCAUCCUUACAAGUCAAAAUAUCUUAUCUAUUUCCAAACUGGCUCCCAAAAUUCCUAAAAAAGAUGGCAGCAUGCUGUCUCCAAGUUCUGUAUAUGCUGUGUGGUUACAAAAACUUUUUUGGAAUGGUGAUCACCAUCUCAUUAAAAAAAUACCAGAAACCACGGAUGAGUGGCUACAUGCAUAUGAUAUGUGUUCAAAAUACUUUGAUAGACUUGUUCCAGAUGAUAUUGUUACUGUCAUUGAUGAAAUUACUUUUUCCUCCAAAGCUGUCACAAAGCUGCCAGUUGAAGCCAGAAUAGAAGUGACUAAGAAGGCUAUUAAGGCAGUCAAACAUCUUUCUGAGAAAUCAAGAAAAAAAACUUCAGAUAAUGACAUGAAAGAUGCUGAAAACCCAUCUGCUGCUUAUGAGGAAACACUGAAUCAUUUGCAACAAUCUCUUGCUCAUCUGGAAACACUCACUCACAGUUUUAUCACUUAUUUGAAAAGCAGCAAACAGGAUACACUACAGAAGUAUGGCUAUUUAUAUGAUCUGUCAAGGUCAGAGAAAGAAAAAAUCCAUGAGCAAGCAGUAGCCAUGUGUAUAGAUGGUCAGCCCCUGGACAUGGUGCAGCAGUUGUUACAAGUGGCUGUUGGAGAUCUAGGCUUUUCUCCCCAGGAUAUUGUCCAAUGUGCUAUUAAAAAAAUUGUAGAUAUAUUAAGUGGAAAUGAUGGCUCAUCUACAACAGAGAAAGAUCCACUUGGAAUCCUUGAAGGUAUAAUUUCUGCAGUGCAUACAAGCGUUGAAAAAGGGGAGAAAAUAGUUUCUUCAGAUGACCUUCUGGAGUGGUUGAGACCUUUCUGUGGUGAUGACUCCCUAGCAGUGAAGCCUCGCAUCAGGGUAUUGCAAAUUCUGGAGCAAGCUUUCCAUCUCAGUGAUGAGGAUAGCAAGCUACUUGUGUACUUCAGGACACAAGCUGUUCUCAGAGCUUGCUGGCCUGAAACAAAGGUAGAGAUAACAGAUAUUGAAAACGAAGAAAAAAGAUACCAUCUCUUCCUGGGACUUUUGGAGUCCAGUCAGAGUCUGUCUGAGUUUCAGCACUUGGUCUUGCUGCUUCAGGCUUGGCCGCCAAUGGACAGGAGCAAUGGAUCAUGCACAGAUGGUAAUCCCUGGGUAAAACUGGGAACUUUUAUGCUGCAGAGGUGCCCACCUGAGGAAAAGGAGAGCACAGGAAAUGAAAUUUUGAAAAUCUGUCGUUCUUUGUAUGAGACAAAGCACAUGCUCCCUGUUAAGUGUAUAAAAGAAUUAUGUUUGCUGCUGCUUAACCAGUCCCUCCUGCUGCCAUCCCUGAAACUGCUGGUAGAAAGCAAAGACCAAGACCUUCAUGCUGUGGCACUGGAGCAGAUAACAGCUGUUGCUAAGGUUGAUGAUUCCACUUGUGAUGCUGAAAUACUCUCCUUGCUCCUCAACGCCAAGCUGGUGGUGAAGUGCAUGUCCACUGCCUUCUGCCCACACCUGAUUGACCACCUCCUGGCCAACCAGGGGCAGGGAGGCUGGGAUGUGGAGGAAAUCGCACAGCAGCUUAAGGAAGCAGGGUUCAGUGCAGAGGCCGGGUCCCUCCUGAUGGCUCAUCGAGGGACCCAUCCUGCACUCAGGACUUUUACUACUGCCCUCCAGGCUGUUCAGCACUGGAUCUGAAAAUGUUGGGUUUAUGCAUUUGUCUGCAUUUUUGCCAGAGAUUUUAGACAAAAGGGAGAAAUUGUUGCUCUAGUAAAGUAACAAAGUGAGUUAUUACCUAUGUUUUGUAGAAAACACACAGCACACAGUAAAUUCCCAUAUACUUCUAAUUAUUUAAAAAACUAUUGGUGCAGACUAUAUCAUUCUGUUGUAUGAUUAGCAAAGUAUUGAAUCUGAUCAUCCUUUCAGAUCAAAGUUAAAUGGUUACACUCAGUUACAUAUAAAGGAGCUAUUAGUAAGGUGGCAGGCUAUAUACAAUUUGUCUUAAUUUCUGUAAGUAAUUUACUCUUGUCAUAAUGUAAAACUAAUGUAAAAAUAUAAAGAUAUAUAUGGAGCAAAAAAAAGUCACAAAUGAUUUUUGAGAAUUUCAAAACCUUAAAAUUCAGUAUUGUGCAAUGUUAUCACAGCUUUUGUUUGCAAUAAAUAAAAUAUUUUGCAUUUAAUGUACUAUCUCUUCUGUCAGCCUUUCAGAUAGAUAAAUAUUUUCUUUCUUUUCUGAAA